AUGGAAGCCAAAGGUGGAGAAGUUAGAAGACUUCACAUCGUUUACUUUCUUAGUCACAUAGGUGGUCAUGCAGAUCACCCUCAUCUAAUUCGUGUUCUUCAUCUAGCUCGAAAUGGGGUUUAUCUAAGAGAUGUUAAGAGAUGGCUUGGCGAAUUGAGAGGAAGAGACUUACCUGAAGCUUUUGCUUGGUCCUACAAGAGGAGGUACAAGACUGGAUAUGUGUGGCAAGACUUGUUGGAUGACGACCUCAUAACCCCCAUUUCUGACAAUGAAUACGUCCUUAAAGGAUCACAAAUCCACCCUACCCCAUAUGAAACACGUUCACUUAAUGAAAAGAAAAGUGCUAGUGACAUCCAUGCUGAGAAGAAAUGUCCUCGAGUACAAGUUGUUGAGGACAAACAACAGCAUCAGAAGCAACCAUCGCUAGCAGAAGAACCUCAUAUUCAACUAGACCCAGAUUCAAAAACGGAUACUCCAACAAAAGGGUCAUCAGAAAUCAGCCAGGAUUCAUUGGUUUUCAGCUCAGACAGGUCAUCUAUGACUGAUGAUGAUUCAUCAAAGGUUGAAGAAGAGAAGCUUUUGGAGACGACAGGCAAAGAGGGUUUCAAUGAACAGAACCGAGAGAAGCUAGAGACUUGUUCAUUGCCUUCCUUGUAUCACAAUCAAAUGACUAAGAAGGGUGAAAACAGAGAUGACAAGAAUAAAACUCACUCUCCUGAUUCAUCCCUUUCUACUAUGUCAUCACCAUCAUUCCAAUCCUCCUUUACUAAGAUCAGAAGCAAUUCUACUAGAGUUUCUAGUGUGUUCCGCAAUUUGAUUACUUGUGGCAUUGUGGAAACAAAUGAUGCAGCCUUGGUACGGAUGAACCAGGAUCAAAAGAUAUUCUCCAAGGAGCCUAACAACAACACACCUGGAAGAAAAGCUGAGAUUUGUAAAGGAGACAAAUUGGGAGGAUCAGCCAGGUGCUUUGGAACUUCUUGGAAUCAUCAUCACCACAAACAAUAUGGGGCCAGAAAGAGCUUCGAUGGAGAGGAAACAAGCAGGAGCAGGAAGUUAGGAGAGCUCAUGAAUCAAACUACUUACAAACCAUUUGGUGGACCAACUUGCUCGCUAUGUGGGAAGUCGUUUAAGCCUGAGAACAUGUACAAACACAUGAAGUCUUGUAAAGGAAUGAAAGCCUUGGGAAUAUCAACUACAAGUGAUGAGAGUUUUGAUGUGGCUGAGAACUUGGUCUGUGUCCUUGUAAAGACUGGAUCUCAAUUAUAG